AGCGUUCUUCUCGCCAUUCCUGGCAAUCGGCCAGUUCGCAGCAAAUAUCAAUUCCGAAUCACCAUGAAUAAUAGUAUUUACAGUCUUAAGUAUAUUUAGUAAUUUUCGCAUUCGACAUGUAUGAAUCUGCGCGUUGUCCAUCAAUCGGCAGGAGUACUUAAAGAAAGCUCCUGCUCAAACAUUGCAGUUUAUCCUCUGAAACGCUGAAAGUCGGCUCGAGGUAGUCAAGUAGCCCUCAAUGCCUAGAUAAAAAUCCUCGCUCGCACUCGAAAUUUCCAUUCAUUUCGAACCGUAUCAUUGAAAGUGUCGCACCAUGGAUGGCCGCUUCACUCUUCAGCCCAGUGCCGGUAUAGACAAUGGUGCUUUCCAGUUACACGAGAACGGGGUGAAAGAGGACACUAUCAGUGAUUUGAAACCGACAGCAAAUUAUCCGAUCCAAAAACGCAAAAAAUCGCUCGUGCAACUCACACGCGAGGCGCUCCCGAGGUUGGAGAACUACAGGAAUUCCCGAAGAGCGGCCAAAAGGCCCUCGCUGGGCGAAUUACACGGCGGCGAAGACGUCGUCAAGCGUGAACCCAAUGGCACGUCCGAGGAGGAGGUCCCAGCCCCUGGCAGCCACGAUGGCAUCAAACUGGGCUGGAUCCAAGGCGUCCUCAUCCCCUGCCUCCUCAAUAUCUUCGGUGUUAUGCUAUUUUUACGUCUUUCGUGGGUCGUUGCAGAAGCUGGAAUUGGCCAAAGCUUGGUCAUAAUCGGCAUAUCAGCCGUGGUUUGUAUCAUCACCACCCUCUCCUUGUCGGCAAUUAGCACAAACGGCGAAGUCAAAGGAGGCGGAAUUUACUACAUCAUUUCGCGAUCAUUGGGCCCCGAAUUCGGGGCUUCCGUCGGCAUUGUCUUCGCGUUCGCUAACGCGGUCUCAGCCUCGAUGAACACCAUCGGUUUCUGCAACUCCUUGAGCGAUCUCUUGGGCCGUUACGGCCUAAAAAUCAUCGACUCGGGCAUCAACGAUGCCCGCAUUAUUGGCAUUGUGGCCAUUUUGGUCAUGAUUUUGAUUUGUGCCAUCGGGAUGGAGUGGGAAUCCAAAGCCCAGAACAUCCUAAUCGUGGCAAUUGUGGCCGCUAUUGUGGAUUUCCUCGUCGGGGCCAUAAUCGGGCCCUUGUCGGACGAAAAACAAGCCCAGGGCUUCACCGGCUUCAAUUAUACGACUUUUGCGACGAACUGGGGCCCGGAUUACCGCCGCUCGGAGGGCAUGGACUAUGAUUUUUUCCAAGUUUUUGCCAUUUUUUUCCCUUCGGUGACCGGAAUUCAGGCCGGGGCGAACAUUUCCGGGGAUUUGAAGGAUCCGGCGUCAGCGAUCCCGAAAGGGACGUUUUUGGCUUUGGUGAUUUCGAUGGUGACUUAUGCGAUUUUUGUAAUGGUUGCCGGAGCCGCAGCAAUCCGGGACGCCAGUGGCAGUGUCGGGGACCUAGUCAACGGAACGCUUUCCGGUUGUUCCCCCGACUGCCGGUACGGGAUUUUCAACAAUUAUCAGAUGAUGGAGAUCAUGUCGGCUUGGGGCCCCCUCAUCUACAUCGGCUGCUGGGCGGCCACUUUAAGCACGGCCCUGACCAAUCUCCUCUCGGUCCCGAGAUUAAUCCAGGCCUUGGGAAUCGACAGGAUUUAUCCAGGAUUAAUCUACUUUUCCAAAGGAUAUGGCAAGGCCGGGGAACCGUAUCGAGGAUACAUUUUAACGUUCCUGGUAUCGGCGGCUUUUCUCCUAAUAGGCGAAUUGAAUGCAAUCGCACCGUUGAUUUCCAAUUUUUAUCUAGCCUCGUACGCCCUUAUCAAUUUUUGCACUUUCCAUGCCGCGCUAAUCAAACCCUUGGGGUGGAGACCGACGUUCAAAUAUUACAAUACGUGGUUAAGCCUUGCCGGGUUCAUCAGCUGCGUCGUUAUCAUGUUCUUAAUUAAUUGGCAAUCAUCCCUAAUUACUUUCGGCGUAAUUAUCGCCUUGUAUCUCUUGGUGGUUUACCGAAAGCCAGAUGUUAAUUGGGGCUCGUCCACUCAGGCCCAGACGUACAAAACGGCCCUGACAACGGCCCACCGCUUGAUAAACAUCGGGGAGCACGUAAAAAAUUACAAACCGCAAAUUUUGGUGCUUUGUGGCUCCCCGUCCUCACGGCCCGCUCUAAUCGAUUUUGGUAACUUGAUAACGAAAAACAAUUCGUUGCUGAUCAUCGGGGACGUGACAGAGGCGAGGCUGCAGCACCGGGCCAGGUCGGCUCGCAUCCAAAACGUCUACUCCUGGCUCAGGAUUAACAAAAUCAAAGCCUUUUACUCGAUUUUGGACAACACGCAGUUCGAAAACGGGGCCAAGGCUUUGCUGCAAACGGCCGGCAUCGGCAAGCUUUGCCCCAACGUCCUCAUGAUGGGUUAUAAGAACGACUGGAGGACUUGUCCCCGUGAGGAAUUAAUGGCUUAUUUUAAUGUUUUACAUGCGGCGUUUGACCACCGCCUUGCUGUGACAAUUUUGCGUCUGAAAGACGGUCUGGAUUACAGUAAACUGAUGGGCGAAGAUGAUGGUUCGCCCAGCGAGGGCACUCUGUCCCAGCAACCCACAAUGGAUUUGCGAGGUUUCGCCACAAGUAGUAUGAUGCAUGCUGAUUCGAAUUUAAGUUUAGCUGACUUAGGAAAAUCAGAUACUGUUACGUCUAAAAAUACAAUAAACGGGGUCAAAAACGGUCACGGGUUGUUAAAUUCAGUCUUUGCCAAGAAACAGAAAGUCGCUGAUUCGACCCCCGACAAGACCAGUGUGCAACAUAUCCCCAAUUUCGCAAUGGAGAAUAUGACUCUGUUCCGAAAUAAGCAAAACAAGGGAAACAUCGAUGUUUGGUGGUUGUAUGACGAUGGGGGCCUGACGAUGCUUUUGCCGUACAUUAUUUCAACCAGGCAGCAUUGGGCCAAUUGCAAGCUGCGAGUUUUCGCCCUCAGUACAAACAAAAACGAGAUCGAAGAAGAGGAGAAAAAUAUGGCGUUUUUGUUGUCGAAAUUCCGACUGAAUUACUCCAGUUUGAAAAUCGUUUCGCUUUCGGAUAAGCCACAAGAGGCGACGAUUAAAUUUUUCAACGACAUGAUUAGCGAUUUUAGGACGAAUGAGGACCUCGAUGAUGAAUCCAAGGUUUCCGAAGCCGAGAUUGCCUCGCUUCAGGAUAAGACGUACCGGCAGUUGAGACUUCGUGAGUUGCUGUUAGAGCACUCGAGUGAAGCAAAUUUGAUUGUCAUGUCUUUACCGAUGCCGAGGAAAGGCAAAUUAUCAGCGCCUUUGUACAUGGCAUGGUUGGAAGCGCUGACCCGGGAUUUGCCCCCGUAUUUGCUAGUGAGAGGGAACCAGCAGUCCGUUCUCACUUUUUAUUCCUAAGGAACGUACUCAAGAAGUAUUCUUAUACCAAAAAUGUUAUUGAUAGCGUUAAGUGUAGUUUACGUGCCUAAAUAUUUAUUUUAUUAACUGUAAUAAUUAUGUAAUCAAAUUUUAUAAAUUUGUACGACGACAAAGACUUUAAUAAAUAUUUUUUGUAGAACAA